AUACUAGGACGAAACAGCUGUCCAGUGCUCCCAGAUUUUCAAUGGUUCCCCAACUGAUGUCAGUCCAUGAUGAAUACUACCUCUAAAUUAGAAAUCCCUAUUAAUUUUCUGCUAUUCUUCAACAAAUUAAUCUUCCCUUUUUAAAUGUUCCUUUUGUGCUCUAGUGUUGAUAUCAGGCACACAUAAUCUUCUUUUUUUUCUUUAUUGCAAAGUAAACGUUUGCUAAGAAUAAACGUUUGUGUCUUAGAUGUAGGCGCAAUCACAAUAUGAAGUAAGAUAUCAAAAAUGCAGUUGGCUAAACUGUAGACAGAGCUCAAGCUUGUCGUUAUUAUCUUGAAUUUCUGUUAAUGGUGACACUUUAUUUUAAUAUAUUUCUUUUCUGUCAUAAAUUAUUUCCACAGAAACAGUAUAUAAACAUUUGAUCCAUUUUUCAGUCUAUCCAAAGCGAACCUCAACUCUCUUCUGAAUUACUCAAAGUUCAACUUUCAAGCUUUCAUGAAUUUCUCAACAGUCUAAGUAGAAAUUUCGAUUCAACCAAAGAAUGUUUUUACACAAUUCAUCAUCUUGUCAAAGCUACCAUCGAACAGCAACUGUCAAAUGGAACGCUACAAGAUAUGGACAAUAGUGAUGAGGAGAAUAGCUCAGUUGUGCCCGUUAGUCAGUUAAAAUCUGAUACGACGAAAGAUGUCAGUACAGAAUUAAGCACAAGUAUACAAAAUAAUGAACCCUCUGAAGAUGUGGAUGUUGAAUUUGUUACUCAGAAAGCUUACCUGACAGCACUGCAACAGCGCACUGCACAAGAAAGAGAGGAAGUCGCUAGACUGCUACAACAGCGCGAUGAAUUAGCUGGACGCUUAGCGUCCCUUAAAGCAGCUGCUAGUAGAGCAUCUCUUGACAUUUCUCUUACCUCUGGUCAUAUGGUUGAAUCAACUCCUAUGACUGCGGCUCCGGAAGAAAAUAAACGUGAUAACUCAGUGACCGAAAUCUCACCUGACUUAUUUUCUAGUUUGGAAUAUAAGAAGCGAGAAUUACAGGAGUUAAAGGCUCAACUUCAACUCCUUCGAAAAGCUGAAGCAAAAGUUACUGCAUUUGCACCAAUUCUUCAACAUUCUGAAUCAAAAGUUGAUACUGUGUCUGAAGGUAGCCUAGAUAAUAAACAAACCUGUUCUACUCCACAGUCAGUUUUGCCAAAAAUUUGUCCACCUAGAGCAAGAUUUGAAAAUAAUGAAGAUGACAUCAGCAGACCAACAAAUGUUACACAAUUUACUGAACCUUCAAAGAAUGUAUCCGUGUCUUCCGCUUUACCAAGCAAAACUGACUCUAUAAAUUUUCAGCAACCAGAAGUGAUCUGUAGUGAUAAUACAGAGCGUUUGUAUGUUAAUAUGCGGGAAGCACGAAUACAAAUAGAAGAACAACGGGAUCUGCAUGAUCGGGGUACUUCAGCUAUUUUAAAUCAUGUGAACUCUGGGACGCAGAAAUCAUCACAGCACGUUAAUUGUAGCGGUGCUUCUGUUGCAACUAGUCAAGACCGAACAACCUUGGCAACCUGGGGUGGUUCUUCACCAGUUCCUUCAUGUUCUUCAGAGGCUAGUGACAAUGGGGAUGGAGUUAGCGUUGCUGAUUCCUUACCCUUGAUACUCGGAAGAAAUCCCUCCGAUAUUAUCCAGUCUGCUCCCAAUAGACAUUCUGAAAGUGAGAUCAGCACUAUUGCUGUCAAUACAUCUGAUAUCGAUCGAAAACCGGAGGCAAUUGUCAAACGAUCCUCUGGAAAACAUGGAAAUAUUCCCAUAGAAGGUUCAAACAACAAUGUUUUUGCUACAUCUACUAGUGAUGAUCCCUAUAAACUAUCUCUUCCUCAGGUUGGAAGAAGUCCAUCACCUCCAGCCCGUGAUAAAAAUAAUUCAGGUGAUAUCCAAACUCAAUCCAAUCCAAACAACUUUGUGGAUCAUCGGCCAAAUCCAAAACAAAACCUGUUAAGUGAAUCCAUAAAUACUUCUGCCAGUCAAACCGCUGGAAUUCAAGGUCACAUGGUUGUUGCACCCACUUGCGGUGAUUUUGAUGACGGUCGAAUGUCAGACCUAUCAUGUGCCAUAGCCAAUGACCGUAUUCAGCGUUUGGAAUCUAAUGUCGCCCAGCUUUACCAAGUUUGUCGGUGUUUAAUGCUUGAAAACUCUCAGUUGAAUGCUGCAAUCACUCAGUUAAUGUUGCACAAUUCAUCUCAGCAAGCUUUACCAGCACUUAGAACUUGUGAUCCAUCGACUUCAUCUGUUGGAUUGGCUGGUUUUCAUCACUGUCAGUGUAAUUUAUCAACACCAAGUUAUAACCAACUGUUGCUAACAGAUUCUGGGGCAUCCUACCAAGCAAUGCUUUAUAAACAGGAACAUCCCUCUAGAAACAUGCCCUGUACAUUGGGUACGUGUUCACGAAGUUCAGGUGUUUACGUCCCGACAAAUUUAAAGGAUACUGAUCAGGUGCUUUCACAAAGUGGAUUUCAUGGUAUUUCUCAAAUUCAGCUGCUUAUCAAUCAAAUUAUGCAACAGCAGACUAACCUUUCACAGUUACAAUCGGAACUUCAUCGCCUAACACGAUUGCAAACGGAAAUAAAGCAAUCACUUCUUUCUAAUGAUGUACAGUUAAAUAACCCUCAUCUAUCUUAUCUAGAAAAUCCAAAUGUUUUCGCACAUUUGCUGCCUGUUAAUGGAGGAUUUCUGUCGUCUACUGCCAACGGAUCCACUGGUCAUCAGAAUACUGUCUUGAAAGCUACUAAUUCUCCUCAAAUGCUUGGAAAUUCUUUCAUGUUGCCUCGAAAUAUACCAGUGAAUAAUUGGUCAUUCGUUCCUGACCCUAAUGUCUACCAGUAUUCAAAAGAAUCAACAUCUUCAAACAUGGGUCAGAAAGUGACUGUACAAACAAGCUCAUCCAUGCCAGGGAAUCUUUUACCGGUCGAUCCCAGUGUUAAUUCUACUUCACCUCAUGGUUCUUCAGUUAGUCAAAAUAACCUCGGUUUCAGUAGACAAAACUGAUCAUAGAUACGGAAAUUUUCCAUCGUAAAGUUGAUCUCAUCCAGUAAUACAUUUUUCAAACGGUUGACUUUCUCGCAUUUAGUUCUAACAUUUUCUCCAUUUCACCUAUUUUUGCAGACAAAUAGUAUUUCUGCUAUGUUACAUUUUUCUCGGUGAACACAUGUUAGCUUUUUAUUGCUGAACUGCUUCUAUGCUUUUCGGAGUGUUAUCUGACUAGUACUGUUUACAAUAUCCUAUGUUUGUUAGAACAUACCUUUGACAGGAAAUUGAUGUAUGACAGUUCUUUCCCCAUUGUUUGCAAUUUUCAAAUUCUCCUUUUUUUUUCCUAAUAGACAAAAUAGAUAAAAUUGAGUUCCUAGGCAUCAUUUUACAGGUCAUCUCUUCUAUGUCUUUUAUAAUUUUGAACCAUGUUCAAUGAUAUAUUGACAGUGAAUGAAAAUGAAAUGUAAAUUCCGUAUAACAGUCCUAGAGUUCUACUAUUUGGCGUUGUGUACAAUCACUACAUUAUGUGAUUGUUCUUUAUUAGGUCAUUAUUAUGAAAUACAAUGAAUUACCCACACUUCAAAAUUAUCUGAGUACUUUUUGACGGACUCUAUUUUGUCUUGAAUUAACACAGAUGCUUAAAGUAUGAAAUAUAGUUGUACAAUUUAGUUAGUACUAAUUUUCUCCUCAGCACUUACCAGUUGAUACGUUAUUUCGAUCGCACAAAUUGACUUUCUUCGUAGAGUUAUCCGUAUUGCAGAGUCGUUUUGUGUACUGUCGUAAUUCCGUUGUGUCAGAUCAAAUAAAUAACUUGUUUAAAACUGCAGAGAAGUUGGUCAGAAAAUAAUCUGACGAAGAGGAAUGCACGGAAGUUGGAAAUAGUUGCGUAAAUGCUGAAUUGUACAGAGUAGUUUUGUACAAGAAAUCAAUGUUGGAGAAUCGACUAAACCUAGUACACUUAUUCGCUAGUGAAUAAAGUUCUUACAAUCCAGCGUUAUGCCAUACUUUCCCCUUUGCUCAUUAUUAAGUAAUAUAUAUUGUAGGAAGCAGGUGUUCUGGAUUCGGCUUCCAGAUAAAGCAGUGCACUACUAGAAUUUCAAAUGUUGAAUUGCGAAUUUUAUUUCUGUACUACUUGAGUUUUGUAGUCUCUACGUUAAGUAAAAAAGAGUUGAAUACUAUUUAUAGUAAUACGUAGUCUGUUAGCGGUAUGUGCUGUUCUUAAAAUAAGUGACUAUAUGUUGUUUUAUACUUCAAUCCACAUCACACCGAUUUGUCAGAUUUCCUGCCCUAUGAAAAUUUCUUGACGAAACUGGUUUACUUAUAAGUAAUUCAGAUAGAAC